AUGGUUCCUAGACCCCUGAACAGAAGCCACCAUCCUGUUAUUAAUGAUUGCCGCGGAUUGUUUGUGUAUUGGCGUGCUGCUCUGUUGGGGUUGUUCGGCGACAGGUCCAUAGCUUCCAAACUGCAGUUGCUAUGUUGCUAUUCUCGUGGGAAAAUCGAUCAAAAAGCUGUAGUCCAAGAUUCCUUUAGUGGAUAUAGUAGUGUUAUGUUGAUUAUAUUCAAUAAUCUCAGUAUUCAGGUCAUCGAACUGUUGCCAGCCUUGAUCGACGUUAUCUGCACCAGGGCUGAAUAUAUUACCUAG